AUGGGUAACUCCGGCCUUUUGAGUAUUGCAGAUACACAACAUGAAUUUUCUCCGAGACAAAGUAGUUGGGGUGUUGCAUCGUUGAUUCCUCUUAGUGAACUCAAUGAUCCUGGUAAAGGUUAUAUCAUAAAUGACACUUGUAUAAUUGAAGCCAAUGUGUCUGUUGUUCGACCUAUAAAAAAACAAAAGCUUGGGGUCCCUUUUAUGGAGAAGUCCAGUGGCAAUUUUAUAAAGGCACCAGAUGCAGAGACGCCAAACGAUGUUGCAACUAUUGAACCAUCCGAACUGUUAGGAAUAACAUCUUCUUUGCUCGAGUAUCCGUUAGCUGGUCAACUGUAUGAAGAGCCUCAAAACAUUCUAGAUGAGAACUUUGAAGAAAUCGGAGGCUUCAGUGUUUUGAGGACAGUCAUAUGGCUAAAAUAUGGUCACAUUGCUUCUAGCCAUGCUCCAACAUCUUCCUUAUAUUCUGCCGACAUCGCAUUGGUGACAGAUAUAAUGAUGUUUGUCAUUGAUAUGAACAACACCCGUUUCUCUAAGAUUUCUCCAUCAAGGAUCGACACAUGGGAACGUAAGCUAAGGAUGGCUGAGAAGCUCGAAUUCAAUAUCAAGUGGCUUCGUCAGCAUUUUGAGGUUAUUAAAAAGGUUUUCUAUGACGAUUAUCAGUCUAUGCAGGCAGAAAAGGCACGUUUUAUCCAAUUAGAAGAUGAAUUGAAGAAGGCACGAGAGACCAUAUCUGCUAUGGAGAUUGAGAGGGAAAAGUAUUUAGAAAAGGAGAACCGAUAUUUGUUUGAUGGGUCUUUGUAG